AUGAAGAGGAUUCGCAGGGGUACUACUAAAGCUUCAUCAUCACGACCUAAUAGACAACGUCCCACGGCCUCAGCGAGGAGACAGAGAGCGGCUCCCCAAGAUCACAUUGAGGAUACUACAGAGGUUGAAGAUGUAGUUCCUACUGAUUAUAGUAAUGUUGACGCAGAGGUUGAAGAUGUAGCUACUGCUCAGGAUAGUAAUGUUGAGGUACAUGCCGAGCCUACUAAGCCAUCUCGAGUAGGUCCCAUUGAUCCAUCUUUACUUACGAGUUUUAAAACUCACAUAGCAGCUACAAUUUGGAAUAACCAGGAACGUGAGCCCCUUAGGUGCAUGUCGAAAACAUCUACCCUUCGUGAGUGGAAUUGGUGGGGUAAUCCAAAUAAUAGUAUAUUCAAAGGGUACAUUCAGAGGUCUGGAUUAGAGCACCUUAUUAGGUGUUCUUAUCGGAAUGCUGAUAAGAUUGUGGUGUCUACAUUUGUUGAGAGGUGGCAUCCCGAAACGAACACCUUUCACAUGCCUUUUGGUGAGAUGACCAUCACAUUGGAUGAUGUGUCAUCUAUUUUAGGCAUUCCUGUGUCUGGUGCAGCGGUUGCUCCUCUUGGAGAUGAUGACGACACAAAUUUUGAGUUGUUAGUUAAGUACUUAGGAGUAACUGAUGAAGAGGCUACUGAACAAUUGCACAAAUACAAUGAUGAGUAUGUGAGUUUGUCAUGGUUACGGGUGCGAUUCUCCAAUGUUUCAGACACAAAUUCAGAGGAGUACAUCAUGUAUUCGGCCAGUGAUAAGAAAUCUCUGUGGCCACCACAGACUCUCUCAAUUUCCUCAUAA